AUGGCAUCCAGCCCGGUCCCUCCGUUGCGCAAAUUCUCCGAGAACAUCUACAUCUACGAAUCUCAAAUCCUACCUCCGAAUCAAAAACACUUCCAAGGUGAAAAUCACUUGUCAGGGACAUUUUUACAGAGGAGCAACACCCUUUCCUACGUCUACCCGGAGCAUCCACCACCAUCGAGCCCAGACAUCUGCAGGACACGCUCAACCCUAGGAAAGACCAACAAGCAAAGAGUAAGGAUCAAAAGGGUCCUCAUGCACGUUUUCUCCAAUAGCGGUGGUAUCAAUCUCGAAGUGGUCUGCUCCAUCUGGCUAGAUCUUUAUCCGAAUGGUCCUCCUCCCCUCCCAUUGCACGCUCUAAUCCUAGACUCCACACCUAGCGGCGUGUCCUUCUUCUGUGAAUUCCCCCACUGGACAGCGGCUUUUGUCAUGGAAUUCAGCUUUCUCCGGCGUCUUAUGGCCCACAUGAUCUCGACACUCAUGGUGACUUUCCUCAUGGGAGUGUGGCCGCUUCUCCAGCGUAGGGAAUCGCUUCCGGCACGGGGGAGAUAUGUGGUGAACACCCCCGGGACAAAUCCUGUGCCUGCUGUGCGAUUGUACAUUUAUUCCAAGACGGAUCCAUUUAUGGGACACAAGUAUGUGGAGGCCCAUGCGCUAGAAGCGAAUGAGGUAGAGUACAAAGUGUUUUGGAGAGGUUUACAGGUCAGGACAUUUCGCGCUUGUGAGUCAGGAUCCGGAAAGGUACUGGAGAGUUAUUAA